AGGAGUCUCCCCACCGACCAAUCAGGUGACAGAUACACUUCUCUUCCUGUUUGGCCGAGAGGUUCAUUAUCGGACCCCAUCCACUGGAAUAAGUGUAACGGACGGAGACCGCUUUGUACACUUUCUUAUUGAGUUGGACAGACGGGGAUCAUGGGGGGGAUCAAACAAGAGCAGAGUGAUGCUUCACAGCAGCCAAAGGCUUCACACACAGCGGAUCAACCACCAGAAGAGCCCAAGAAGAGAGGCUGGCCAAAGGGAAAGAAGAGAAAGAAGGUCCUACCAAAUGGUCCUAAGGCCCCGGUAACAGGAUACGUCCGCUUCCUGAAUGAGCGGCGAGAACACAUGCGGGCCCGUUACCCCGACUUACCAUUCCCAGAAAUUACCAAGAGACUCGGAGCUGAGUGGACACGAUUAGCCCCGAAUGACAAACAGCGCUAUCUGGAUGAGGCGGAGCGGGACAAGAUGCAGUACGCUCAGGAGCUCAAGGAAUAUCAGCAGACGGAGGCCUAUCAGAUCACCAGCGCCAAGAUACAAGACAAGAGGAUCAAAAAAGAAGACACUCCAUCAGUCAUCAUCAGUUCGGGUUCGGGGUCAUCAGUAUCAAAGGCGUCUGACCUCCCCAGCAGAUUUGACAUCCCCAUCUUCACAGAGGAGUUCCUUGAUCAGAACAAAGCACGGGAGGCUGAACUACGGCGGCUUCGGAAGGCCAACAUCGAGUUUGAGGAGCAGAAUGCGGUGCUGCAGCGGCACAUUAAGGACAUGUACAAUGCUAAAGAACGCCUGGAGGCUGAACUGGGGCAGGAUGAGAAGCGUACCCAGGCUCUCCACCAACACUUGCUGGCCAUUAAGCACACACUGGUCAACAGUCUGUCAUCAGUCCCUCUGCCAGGUACAGGUGAGACAGCAUCGCUCGGAAACCUGGACUCGUACCUGAGUCGCCUCAGUGGAGUGCUUGAGGGAAAUCCCCACAAACACCGCGCCCUGCUCAACCAGCUGUGUGAGGUUCUCUCUAGCCUGGACAGUGAGAAGCUAUGAGGAGAUUCCAGUCAGACAGACGCUCCUUCUUGGAUCACAGGGACGCAUGACUGCCUUGGUGGCUUUAGGUCAAGUCAGUGCCAUUCAACAGAGCACAUAGGUGUGGUACGGCUGGAAAAGCAAAUGGUACAAAUUCUUAACACACUGCUCGUGUGUACGUGCUUAUUUUUCAUGAAUAUGUGUAUUCUGUGGAACAUGUGUGCUCCUACAUGUGUCUGUUUUUUUUUUAUUUUGUGAAUGUCAGUUUCUAUGGCAGCAUCACAGGUUUUUACAGUUCAGGUAUUUCAUCAAAUAUAAUGUCAUUUUAUCUUCUGAACUGCCUUAAUUGAGUAAAUUUGGAUCAACUCUUACUUUGUUGUGUAGCUUUGUUCCAGCAGGUAUCUACAGGUCUACGACAUGUCCAGUACAGCAUGUCUAAUUAUCAAUGAUCCGUUUACAAUAAAUGCCAUUCGGCAGGUGGUGGGUGGAGGAGGUGUACGUAGUGUUAUUUAGAAUGCAUGAAUAAAAAAAACUGGAAGGGGUGAAAUGAAAUAUUGUAAAGUGCAUGUUAGGAUUUAUACUGAAAAUACCAGAUUGUGGAAUGGACACACCUUUUCUUUUCUUGUCAGAUAAUGAUAUAUUUGUGAAGUAUAUUUGUAUUUUCUUCCAAAUGUUCAUUAAAUCAUAAUGAAAGCACUGUUUCCAAGA